AUGGGUUAUAGUAAGCUGUGUCUGUUACUGCUGCUGAGCAGCUACACGCUGGCUCAGGAUGGCAGGGACGAUAACGAACAAACUUCAUGGUGUCAGAUGGGGUCCAGAUUCAAGGCCCAUAGGAAGUAUUUGUACCAGUACACUGCAGAGAGCAGAAACGGAGUGGUGGGCACCGCCAACCUGAGGAACGGCCCGAAAGUCUCCUGUGAGGUUGAGAUUGAAGUCCCUCAGACGUGCAGAUUCAUCAUGCACACCCGGGACUGCGCUCUCAGCGAGGUGUCCGUCAUGGAUCCGCAGGGCCAGCCGGUCUACAGGCCUGCCAGCGGCUCUGACGCCUUCAAGGCCGCCAUGGAAAAGAGCCCUCUGAAGUACAUUGUGGAUGAUGCCAUCGGAGUUGAACUCUUCCCUGAGACGGACGAGCCGGUCAACAUCCUCAACAUAAAGAGAGGAAUCAUUUCAGCACUCGUGGUGCCGCUCCUGGAGGAGAGUCAGAAUAAACUCAUGAGCACCGUGCAUGGCCAGUGUUUGUCACACUACCACGUAAAUGAGAUGAGGGAUAUCGCCACAGAUGUGAGCGUGUCCAGAUCUCUGUCCAACUGCGACCAGUUCAACAGCAGGGAAUCAGCCAACAGUCCUCUGGCCCUGCUACAGAAACUGCAUCGGCCCAUCUCUAAUCUGAUCAGGGGCACACAAACCUGCAACUACCAGUUUGACAACAAGGGGAAGCACAUCACGACAGCCACCUGCCAUGAAAAACACACCUACCUGAUCUUCUCUCAUGAGGAGAAUGGAUUAUCAUCAAUGGUGACCCAGGACCUCAGCUUCCAAAACUCCAAAAGGAUCAACAACAGAGUGUUUGAUUUGAACCUUCAAAGCAAGCCACUGCACUUUGAAGACCCCGAUGAUAAAGCUCCACUCCAGACGAAGGACGCUGUCCUGAGCACCCUGAGGGACCUCAUGGAUCUUGCAGGCACAGAUCAGGGUGACAAGAGGACCAGUCUCUUUCAUAAGCUGGUGUCCGGCCUGCGCGUGCUGAGGAACGAGACCCUGAGCCCGAUGGUCACGGAGAUGAUAGGUGCGUCCCCCUGGCUCACCUGGCAGGCCCUGCUCCAGUGUGGGACCCCUGAGUGCACCAGUGCCAUCAUGCAGGCCAUCUGGGCCUUAGAUGGAGUGUCGCUGGAGGUGGACGCUCUGGUCUACGGUCUGAGUCUGCAGGCUAACCCUGAUGCUGCACGAGUCCAAGAUAUGCUCAGCAUGGCUCAGUAUAGGCAGAGCAGAGCUGUCAUGUACGCUCUAGCCAACACGGUCAAGAUGUUCCAUGAAGGAGAGGUUACUCCAGUGGUCUCAGAUGUGUCAAAGUUUAUGGAAACCCUUUUGAACGACUGCUCCGGAGAAAUCCUCGAUAAUGACUCUGACUUUCCCGCUGACCCUGAAGAGCUGUCCUUCCUUGUACUGAAGGUUGUUGGUGUCAUGGGGCGAGCCAUGCAAGAUGUCAGCCCCAGCCUGAUCUCCUCGAUUUUGCGGUGUGCUACAAAAACAGAGACUACGUUGUCAAACCAAAAGGCAGCCUUACAGGCCUUACGGCUGAUGGAUAUUAAUGAUGAGGUCAAAAGAGUUCUAGCGCAAGUGUACAUGGACACUCAGAGCCCCGUUGAAAAACGAGUCGCAGCCUACCUGAUCCUGAUGAAGAACCCAGACCAGGACUUGGUCAGAGACGUUGUGACGAGUUUGGAGAACCUAAACGAUGAUCACCUGUUGAGCUUUGUGGUCUCCCACCUGAAAAACAUCCACAAAUCCAACAAUCCACAAAUGAAAGAACUCAAGGAGUACAUUGAGUUGGCCUUGCAAAAACAGACAGUACCUGAUGGCUUGACACAGAACUACAAACUGGACUCUCCGCUGGGCUCAGUCCAGACUAACAUCAUCCUCGACAACAUGAACACCUUACCAAAGGAGGUGAUGCUGGAGACCACUCUGAAGGUUUUUGACUACACGUAUGACAUCUUUGAGGUUGGCGUUGACGGAACUGGAUUUGAACCAACAAUUGAAGCCCUCUUUGGAGAAAACGGUUUCUUUCCGGACUCCAUCUCAAAAGUCAUGUACUGGGCUGGUGACAGAGCACAGAUGCUCCGAGAAACUUUGGACAGAUUGGCCCCCAACAAAGACAGAAUGAAGAGACAGGUUCCAGAUAAUCUCCUGAAGGAAAUCACAGCCGGUGUCCAGAAGCUUUUGCGUGACCUGAGUUCCUCUCCGACCCCUGAAGCUGUUGCCUACCUUCGGCUUCUGGGAAAUGAGAUCGGAUAUUUAAAGCCCGGCGACAUGAGAAAGAUGACUGAGACUCUGUUCAUGUACUUCCAUUUUUUUGGCAGGAUACAGCCUUUCAAUAUCCUUUCUGCACUGACAUCCAGCACUGAAAAUGAAGUCUUUGCACACUACAUCUUCAUGGAAAAUUCCUUCUCUCUGCCCACCGCCGCCGGCUUUCCUCUGAAGUUCUCCAUGGCAGGUGUGUUCGCACCUGGUGCCAAAGGCGGCCUGACUCACUCCCGGGCUAACAGAAUGUCUGAAUUGUCCUUCAUGCCGUCAGUCGGGCUUGAAUUCAUCACACAAAUGGGCGUGCACAUUCCUGACUAUGUGGAGGCGAGGCUUGAUAUGCACACUAAUAUGUAUCAUGAGAGUUCCCUCCAUGCUAAGGUCACCACCAACAGUAACCAGAUGAAACUGUCCUUCCCUGCUCCGAAGUCAAACACUCAGCUGCUCAGUUUUAGCAACAAGGUGUUAUCAGUCUCCUCUGGUCAGGCUAAAAUAGUGCCCUCUCUGGUGGAGGACAGGACUGACUCGACUGACUGCCAGCCCCUGAUCAGUGGUCUUAAACUCUGCACGUUAGCACGCUACUCAAAUGCUACUUCCACUGACCAGGCGCCAUAUUACCCCCUGACUGGAGAAACCAAGUUUGCUGUUGAAAUUCAGCCCACAGGACAAAUUUCAGAGUACACUGCCACCAUCACUCAAGGAACGCUCAGAGAGGGUAAAAAGGGGCGUAAUAAAGUAGAAUACCUGAAGCUAACCCUAAAGGCAGAAGGGGAUGAUUCAAUGGAGGCCACUGCAUCUCUGAAAUACAACUACAAUAAGAACACCAUCACCACUGAGGUUGUCAUUCCCGACUACGAUGUGGAAGCCGGCAUCAAGCUGGCUGUAACUGACAGUGAGGCUGAAGGAAAGAUGAUGCGGGGUAUCACCAUUGAUGUCACCAACAAGAACAUCCCACAGCUCAGUCUUGUUGGACGCACAAGGCUCAACAUGAUGAAGGACGCCAUGCUGCAACUCCAGAUGGUCAUCCCCUCUCUGCAGGCUGAUGCCUCCAUCACUGCCACCCUGAAGAAGGAUGAGGACAUAAUCAUGGACUUAGAGACAGUCAUCAACCUUCCUGAGACAUCUUCUCAACAGAAAGCAACCCUCAAAUACGAUCAAGACAAGUUGGAACUGGAACUGAAUUCAGACCUGAGUUCAGAGAUUCAGAAACUGAUCCCAAAUAUAGAAGAUCAUCACAGGCAGCUGCAACAGCUCAUAGAUCAAAUCCUGGACCAGAAAGUGGCAAAGACGGAUAUGAAACUGCGUCACAUUGUCACCAAACUAAUUGAGGCCGGUGAUAUAUGGCUGGGAAAAUUAUCAGACCGCGUCCCCUAUCUCGCAAACCUGCGAAGUAAGAGGAGCAUCUCAGAUCUCACCUUGCCAGCUCUGCCUGAGAAAUUGUUUCUUCAGAUUGACAGCUUGUUUCGAUACCAGUUCAACAAGGAUAGGAUAGCCAUCUCGCUUCCUCUUCCACACGGAGGCAAAAAGUCAGAAGAACUGAACAUCCCAGACACUUUAUCCAUGCCUGCCAUAAAUUUACCAGAAAUAGGCUUAUAUGUCCCUGCGAAAAACUACCCAAUACCAUCAUUCACCAUACCCCCUACUCUGGAUUUCACUGUCCCUCUUCUCGGCCUGGCUGAAGCGUCAACCAAGAUCAACAGCAACUUUUACAGCUGGGAGGGCUCGGUCUCUGGGGGCAACAACACUGUUGAUGUACAAAACUACAUUGCACAGUACAAGGCCAUAGCCCAAUCACCUUUCAACCUACUAUCGUACAAACUCGAAGGAACUGGGAUGAUGUCUGGAAAAGCUGAUGAAAAUUUCAAGUAUCUCCUGAAUAACUCCUUUAGCCAUAGCCUCAUUGACACAAGCUUCAGUGUCAUAGAAUCCGCGACAAGACUGCCAAACAAGUUUAAUGCCAGAGCCAACUAUAAGAUUGAAGUCUCUAGUCCAGUAGGCCUGCAAGCCUCUCUCUACUACUCUGCUCAGUCCACUUCUACAGAUUCAGAUGAAGUUUAUGGAGAUGGCACAUGGGAUGGGUCGCUGAAAAUAGGUUCGUUCGUCACCAACACCUCCUACACAAACAGUUACAACCUGCGUCCACUAGAUGGAGAGGGGAGAGGAGAGUCCACACUUCACUUCAACUCGCCAUUCAUCCAAGUUCACAACAUGAUCCAAGGAGUCUACGCAAACUCUGAGUUGAAUAUAUUGUCCAAAACCAACACCCAAGAUGACAUCCUCAAGCAUGUCGCAGAGCUCAAGUACAAAGAUUCCCAACUAACCGUUAAGUGCAACGCUGUGGCCCAAACCAUGGGUAAAUCACUCAAUAACAAAGUUGAGCUUGGUGUGUCCAGCGUAAUGGCCAUCCUCAGAAUUGAGUCACAGGCAGAUGAUGACCAAAACAGGGUAUACUCACUUAUAACAGGAUCCCUGGGUUCAAAUGGACUUGAGGUAAACUCUGAGGGUUCCCUCACUUCUGACACAGGUCGUGGAUUGCACAAGGCUUCUGUCAUGAUUACCGGAAGUGGUUUGACCACCAGUGGAACCAACAGCAUUCAGUGCAGUCCAGUUACAGUAGAGAAUAUCUACAAUGGGGCGAUAGACAACAAUGGAGCAACCAUGUCCUCCAUGACCAAAGCUAUGGCUGAGGAGAGCAAAGGAGAGCUGAACAUUGAGGGUAAAAUUACAGCUUCGGAAGCCUCUUUGUUUGGUGUCCUGAAGGGCCAUGCUUAUGAUGCAACCACAAGAAACAACAUGAAUAUUGCACUGAACCGAAGGGGGCUAACCUUUACUGGCAACUCCAUGGGAAGAAUGAAUCAGAUGAGUACAGAAAAUAGCCACUCGUUGACCCUCACUCUGUGGACCCUGGCCCUUCAGUCUAAGACUGACAACUUCAUCUGUGAAGAUGUUUACUACAAGCAAGACACCAAGGUUGAUAUGAAGCUGUUUGUUAUGUCCUUUGAUAUGACGAAUGACUUGAAGUUUUAUGAAGCCGGCUUGAUCAAUGAAGGCCACAUGAGACUUGAGCCAACUAAGAUGGAUCUGAGUGGAAGUGUCAAGGGAGCCUAUCGAGAUGAUAACAUUAAGAACACUUAUGAACUCAGCUAUGACAACCUGGCAGCUACAAUAAAAAACAGCCUUUCUGGAAAUAUAAUGGAUGCUCAGCUAAGUCACAACUGUGAAUUUGAAAUUGCCGGACUUUCCUCCACGUCGAUCUGUGAAACAAGAUUAAAUUCUGAGCCUCUGCGUUUUGACAGCACUCUACGUACCAUGGCACUGCCUUUUAGCUUUACUAUCGAUGCUAUUGUCAACAGUGAUGGUGAGAUAAAUCUACAAGGGAAGCACACCGGACAGCUGUACAGCAAACUUUUGGUUAAAGCUGAGCCCCUUGCUCUUGGAUACUCACAUGACAGCCGGGUAUCAACCACACAUACGCUUCCCUGGGGGUUGUCUUCCACUAAUUUAGACAACAAAUUUGAAGGACUUCUGACACCAAGUGACCAAUUUCUUACAUGGAAUUUAAAAUCUAAACUCAACGAGCAUGCUUACAGCCAGGACAUCAAUGCUUACAAUAAUCCUGAGAAAAAUGGAUUUGAGUUUUCAGGAGUAUUGUUAACAGACAUUUUCAACAAGUUUAGCAGGGAAAGGAGAUCCCCUCCAGAAAAAAUCAGUAUGGUGGGUUUCCUCAAGUAUGACAAGAAUAGUGACUGCCAUAUCAUUGAGAUCCCGUUUAUUGAGAGCUUUCCUGCUGCCUUUGAGCAUCUCAAGAACACACUUGUACAAGCCUUAGAAUCCUUUCAACAAAACAUCAAUAAUUUAGAUAUUGAUCAGUUAAUCUCAGACUUCAGAGCCAAGUUAGAUCGGCUACCAUCGCAAGUGAGUGACUUCAUGCGAGAAAUGGACCUGGAGAAUAAAGUGAAUAGAGUAAAAGCGACACUAUCUUAUUUGAUUGAUGAGUUUUCAAUAUCAAUGGAUGACUUGGAGGUUGCGAUGGAAGACUUAAAAAAGAAGUUGGAAAGUACAGCGAUGGACAUUGUCACCAGUGUAAGAGGUCUAAUCCUCAAUGGCGAACAUCUUGCGGAGAAGGUAAAAAAUGUAGUUUCACAGAUUGAAAACACACUUCAAGAAUUUGAUGACAAGUACAAUAUAAAGCAGUCACUUCUCAAAAUACUUGAUGCCAUUGAUGACAUUAUCAGACAGAUUGAUUUACAGAAGCUUUCGGAAAGCAGCGCUGAGUGGCUGAAAGAGCUUGAUUCUAAAUAUGGGAUUUUGGAGAAAAUCAGAGACAAACUGUCAGAGUUUAAACAGCUCAUUGAGGACUUUGACAUCAACAGGUUUUUUGAAGACAUAAAGAAUUACCUUCUCUCAAUCGAUUUUGCAUUGUAUGCUGAGCAACUUUCCUCUAAAAUCUCCUCUUCGGAGAUGGCAAAAGUUUUUGAUUCCAUGAAUGACGUUAUUGUCAACUGGAUUGAUGAAUACGAAAUCCCCAACAAACUGAACACAGUGUAUUCUUACUUUAGGGACUUACUUGUAAAGUACAAGCUUGAUGAAAAAUUUAAAGACCUCAUGGAUCAGAUGUUGAUUCUCAUUGAGGGAUUCAAAAUUGAUGAGACUGUGCAGUUAGUGGCAAAUACCCUGAAGUCUAUUCAAUUUAAAUCUGUUUAUGAUAAAAUGAUGCAACUUCUUCAAAGCUUGACAAGCCAGCUCAGAUCAAUUGACUUUAAGAAGAGCAUUGACGACCUCAAUGAAAGCAUGUCUUCAAUGCUUAGGUCAAUGAAGGAAUUUGAUUACCAUGCAUUUGUUGAUGAGACCAACGAGAAGAUUGCUGACCUUACUAACUAUAUCAAUGAGCAAAUUAAAACAUAUGAGGUUGUUCAAAAAAUUGAGGCCGUUAGGGAAUUUUUCAGAGAGAUCCAAAGUUCAAUCUUUACAUAUCUGGAAGGAUUGAAAAACACAAAGGUGGCUGAUGUUCUAAAGAAGCUGAAAAAUGUGCUUGAUACCACAUUUUUUAAUGACGUUUAUCUGAAAGUACAGGAUAUCCUUGAGGACAUGAGACAACGCAUCCUUGACAUGGAUAUCAGAGAUGAAAUGUAUAUUUACCUUCAAAGAGCAAGUGAGUCUUACACUAAUAUGGUUGCCUUUAUUUCUGCACAGUUAAACAAACUGAUAGAAAAGAUUGGAAAUGUUGUUAAAGACAGCGAGAUAACCAACCAGAUGAAACAAGCUCUAGAUACAACGCUGAGUGCACUGAAAAAAGCCGAAAUUGAAGUUGCCCCUUUUACUGUACCUCUCACUGACCUUAUCAUUCCAGGAUUUACAAUAAACCUGAACAAACUCCAGCAGAUAAGCAUCCCAGCUCAAAUUUCAGUCCCAGAGUUCACCAUCCUCAACUCUUUCACAAUUCCAGACUUUACCAUAGACUUUGAUGAAAUCAAAGCAAAUAUGAUCGCAAUCAUUGACAAAAUCAAAGGUUUUAAGAUUCAGUGGCCUGACCCUGAGGAUAUCUUUGGUGAGCUUAAAGUUCUUUACCUAACUGAACUACCAGACCUCACCUUUCCAGAGAUAACUCUUUCAGAAAUAAAAUUUCCCGCCAUCAACAUCCCUAAAUUGAAUCUGAAGGACUUUGACAUCACAAUGCUUCCAAUUCCAGACAUCAAAUUACCUGAAGUUCCCAGUGAAAUUUGUAUCCCAGUUUUCGGAAAACUCCAUGGAGAAUUUAUGGUGACCUCCCCAAUAUACACUCUUGUAACCACAGGGAAGGUGGAAAACUCAACAUCCAUACCCGAAAACCCACAGUUCACAGCCUAUAUCAGUUCGUAUGCCAAAUCACGUAUUGAGCCCUUCGAAUACACAUUCGAAGCCACUGCUCAGUUGGAAGCUCCCAGAAUGGAGAAGUUGCAAUUCACUGAACAAAUGAAAGCUACACAUAUGGCCUUCUCUAUUGAUAAUGAGGGAUCUUUGAUGCUCACUGGUUCCUCUGCUGAGGCAACUGCCAAAACUACUGCCAAAGCCACAACUGGAAUAUACACAGCAGACUUAGUCAACAAUAUGGGACUUACGUUGAACGAUGGAAUAUCUGCAGCAAUAGGUACAACUUAUAACCACAUGUUGGAAAUUCCCUCAAUUGAAACCUCAAGUCAGGCAUCAAUGACACAGAAUAUAGCAGCCACAGUGGAUUCUGGCAUAAUUGUUGUGACCAGUGAAACGACUGGGAAUGGGAAGUGGUCCAUUCAGGAUUACUCUGAUGAAGGAACACACAAAAGCAAAAUUGAGUUCAAUGUAGACGUUAACACCGCCAAGUUAACUUUUGCUGAAGAAAUGGACUGCAAGGCCUUGAAGUCAAAGAAAACACUAACUGCUGAGUCAGUUAUUUUAAGCCAUAUCACCGUUGAAGCAAGAUGUGAAACUGAAAUCCCAUCUGUCAAGAAGAGUGUUAUGACUUUAAAUGGAGAGGCUCAUGCUGGGGAUUUGAAAGUUGUACUGACAGCUUCUCAUGAUGCCGAAUUCACUGGAAAUGUGAUUGGAACUAUGGCUAACUCAUUGACAUUUAUCGCACAUCCUUUUGAACUUGAGCUCGAUUUUAAGAAUAAAGUUAACUCGAAGAUUUUCUUCCCCCUUAAACUCACUGGUAAGGUAGAUCUCCAGAACGAUUAUGGUGUCAUACUUAACACUGAAAAACAGCGUACUUGUUGGUUUGCUUUGGCAAGAUUCAACCAGUACAAGUACAAUCACAAUGUAACUGCAGAAAACAAUGAAAUGGACAUCUUCUCACACGCAUCAGCUAAUGGAGAGGCCAAUCUGGAUUUUUUGACUGUUCCUCUCCAUAUCCCAGAGAUAACCAUACCUUAUCUCGAUGUGAAAACACCUGAGGUCAGAGACCUCUCACUUUGGGAACAUGCUGGAUUUAAAACAUUGCUAACUACUCCUCAACAGUCGUUCGAUAUGAAUCUGAAGCUUCAGUACAACAAGAACCCUGAAGUGCACAGCUUUGAAUUACACCUUGAGCCGUUGUACAAUGCAAUCAGUGAUAAUGCCCACAACAUCCAGGUUAAAUUUGAAGACUGCAGAGACAAAGUAGUGACACUUCUAAAAGAUUCAUACAACCAAGCAAAGUCACAGUAUAUCAAGCACAAAGUCGACACCUCUAGCAUGCCUCCCAGAAUCUUCACUGUGCCAGGAUACAAAAUACCAAUUUUAAAUAUUCAGGUAUCUGCUUUCAGUGCUGAGAUGCCGGCCUUUAGCUAUUUUGUUCCCAAGGAGGUCAGCACACCAAGCUUCAAAAUUCCAGCACUUGGUUUCUCUGUGCCAUCAUAUACACUUGUGUUGCCAUCCCUGGAGCUACCUGUUGUCCAUGUUCCAGAAACUUUAAGUAAUAUGAAGCUUCCCACUUUCACACUACCAGACAUUCAGAACAAAAUUGAGAUCCCAGCUUUGGGUAACAUUACUUACGACUUCUCCUUCAAAUCCACUGUGAUUACCUUGAAUGCUAAUGCAGGCCUUUACAACCAGCCUGACAUUGUUGGCCGAUUCAGUGCUGUGUCUACAUCUGUGUUUGAGAUUUUGAAUGGAAAAAUGGAUGGCACCACCAGUUUGACAAGGAAGAGAGGAAUAAAAUUGGCCAAUACUGUGUACCUGGAGCAUAACAACUUGGAAGCAAACCAUGAAUGUGCUGUAAGUCUCUCCAAAAGAAGCAUCGAAGCUUCUGUAACCAACAAUGCAAAAAUCAAUCUACCCUUCCUCAAUCUAGAAUUGAAUCAGGAACUCACUGGAAAUACCAAGACCAAGACAAAUGUGGCGUCCAAGAAAAAAUUGAAAUACAUGUUUAACAUUCCUCUGAUUGAGUCUGUUGGAAAAGGAAACCUUGACAUGAACUGGGCAUUGGAAGCCCUUUCUUCCUAUGUGUCACUGGAGACUUCUACUAAAGGAAAGUCAGAAAUAACAACAAUGGACAGCUGUACCUUAGCUGGAGAAAUAGAAAAUGAGGCCACUUUCUACCUUAAUGCCAAUGGCCUUCGUUCAACUAUCAGGACUGCCUUAGACUCAACCAUUGACAAACUGGCUAAACAAAAGCGGAGUUCAAACAAUAUCUUCCAGUUUGACUUGAAUGAAAACUUGGCUCUCGAAGUCUCCUUGCGACGUGUGUUUGCUAAAGUAGAUUACACAAGCAACAACAAAGUUGAUUUGGACUCUUUUAACACAUUUGGGAAGCACAUUGUUAUAGGUGAACUAGAUUUUGUUCCUCUAACAACGGUCAAGACAACAUUGAACAUUGAUGCAAGUCAGCCAAGUAGUUUUGGUCAUGCUGGACUCAUUCAGAACAUCAACCUUGCCAUCAGCUCAGAGAAACAGUCUUUCACCUGGAGUGGUAAAGAACAGCUGGCAUCGCUCAUCCAUGCUUGUGAUUUAGUUGUGUCCAAUGAUGAUUCUAAAAUACGCAUGGACUUGACCGGCUCAGUAGAAGGCCACCUUGCUUUUUUGAAGUCAGUUAAGCUUCCAGUGUAUCAGAAGACUCUCUGGGAUGUGCUCAAGUUUGAUCAGUUCACAAAUAUGGAAGACUUACAAUUCCUCAACGUGUCUUCAAGCGUUGUAUACACAAAGACCAUGGACGGCCAGGAGUAUACAAUACCAACUAAAAUAUUUGAAGAUGGUGUCAUUUUUAACAUCCCUGAGAUUCACAUUACCAUGCCUUCUUGGUUGAAAGACAUUCCUAAAUCCUUAAGGGAAAUAGACAUGCGAUUUGAAAACCAUGAUUUCCCUGAUCACCUGACUUUGCCCCCUGUUUUCUCUGUUCCAGCCUUUGAUGUACCAUACAACUUGCAUGUGGAACCUUUUACAAUUGAUCCAAAAAAUCUUAACAUCCCCAAGGUGAUCACAACUACAGCCUUUGAGAUCAUGCUGCCUGGCUUACCAAUAAUGUCAGUGCCAAGCUACGAUAUUAACACAGAGUAUGUACAAGGGAAGAUGUCAUUCCUUUCAUUAAUGGUGCCACAAUAUGAUAUCACAGUGCCCUCUUUCACAUUACCCAAGUCAUUAACCAUUGGAGAGCACACUCUCAACUUGAAUGAAAUUACAACCCAGAUUUCAAACUUUGAGCUCCCAACUAUCGUCAUUCCAGAGCAAAAAAUUGAAAUCCCUGAAUUUGCUCUACAUCUGCCUUCGGGUUUGUUUAUCCCAGCUUUUGGAGCCCUCCUUGCCAAUCUCAAGGUUUCCUCCCCCAUUUAUAAUGUGUCAACAACUGCGCUUCUGGAGAAGAAGGACUCCAGCCUUCUGACUUCUCUGAAUUCAGUUUGUACUUCUACAAUGAUCUUCUUGGAAUACGAUCUCUCUGCCAGCGCAACUCUUGGAUUUGAUAAUGGAUUUUUCAAUCUAAAUGGGAAGGGCAACUUGAUUCAUAGCGAUGUUAACGUCAACUGGCAACAAUUUUUGACACAAAACCUGAGGAUGAAGCGACAAACCCCUCCAGCUGAUUCAAUGGAGUCUCGUCAUACUCUUAAUGUUGACAUCAUCAGCCCAACAUUUGCUGAUGGGAACUUCCGCUUGACUUCCCGCAAAGACGGCAUCACUGCAUCGAUGUCUUCACCAUCAGCUGGUUUCCUUGGGUUGCAUUUGCAGCGGAGAUCUGCGUCACAGCUGUAUGGAAAACUGUUUAGUCGCUACCUGUCUACUCCUGACAAGGAUACUGAUGUCUUUACUGCCAAAGCAACUCUGAAAAACUCCCUAAAGUUGAUCUUCCAGACAUCAUGGAAUUGGGACUUCCUCAAUGAUUUGUUUGAGGGCACCAAGGAGAGGAUUCCUGCUAUCACAGAUGCUGUUCUUAAGUUCAUAAACAAGUAUCACAUAGCCCACUUUGGUUUUGAUCUCAGCCGUGGCGGCUUAAAGCUGAAAAACACAGUUUCCAAUGGCAUAGAGAGAGCCUACCACGAGGUUCCUUUAUCUUUUAACACACUUCAGAACUCAAUCGAAAACAUUUUUGAUCAAGGAAAAGACAUGUACAGGAAGGCUUCCGACAGCUUGAUGUCCUUAAGUAUGCAAGAUGCUGUGGACAGGUUGGCUCGGGAUGCUAGGCAAGCCUUGAAACGCAGUGAAGAAAAGGUUUAUGCCCUGAUAGAUGCUGUCGCACAGUUCUUAAGUGACCUGAGGUUUCCAGUACCUGGCUCUGAAGAGAAGCUCUCGGGCCUGGAGAUGUUUCAACGAGCUCGACGGUCUGUUUCUAGAUCCGUCGAAAGAGCAAUGCAAAGAUUCUCCAGCCUCAUGACAAAGAUUUAUACGUACAUCCGGGAUAUAGAGUUCACUAUACCUGGAACUGCGGUUGUUGUUAAUGGAAAUGAGAUCAUGGAUAAACUGGAGUCUUUCGGAAGAUCUGUUUACAAUCAGCUUAGACGUUCAGUGCGCAGAGGAUUUGAAUUGCUUCAAAAGACAGUUUAUGAUCUUCUGCAAGUGAUUGCUGAGAAAGGGCAGAAUUUAAUCAAUUACCUAAAAGAUGAAAAUGUGGAAAUUGCCUCUGAUGUUGAAGCCUUCCAUGCAAAGGUUCUGCAGUCUUCAAAACAACGUAUAGAGAAAGCAAAGGGAUUUGUGGCUGAUUAUAAAGAUCUAACCAAAAUGAAGAUUCAAGAUGCUUAUAAUGCUUUAAAUAUGGAGUUUGUGAAUAACGAUACCGGAGAGAUUAUCAACAUUUUGCAGUCACAGCUCUACGGAGGACUUAAUGGAGGUGUAGAUCUGAUGAGAAGUUUGUCCCAAAGCACAGCGCCGUACAUCAGAGUGAGCAACAAAAAGAUGGACGUGGAAAUUCCUUUACCCUUCUUCUGGAAGUCUUUCAGUGAAUGGCCGACACAGUCCAGGCAGUAAAGAAUGCCUUUCCUGAUGAAGUGUUUACCUUAUGCCAGAACAAAUUUAUAGUCUUUGUAAAAAAUCUUCUUUCUUGGAUGUCAAUAAAAAUGAGUUUCGAGGUGUUUUAGCCUGAAUGACAAGCAAGUUAUUUUUAAUGUGAGAUUUAUUUAAAUUUGACAAUUCACACAAUUAUGAGCUACCAAUGUUUGCAUGGAAGUUAGUUUUUUGAUGAUGAUGUUCAAUAAAACUACACUGAAUAAAAAAUUGUUUCACUCUGUUUGUGCCAACAAUACUACA